UGUUUUCUCCCUCCCCUUUUUUUCAUCUUUCUGUAAUUCCUGCCUCUUUCUCAGGAAAAGAACUGCUCCAUUUCUUUGCUUCAAGGUGUUAGAAAAAUGGAGAUUCUAGUUCAUGUUGAGUUGAUAUAAAAUCACUCCGAACCGUGACGAUCGAUCUUCUUCUUUAACCGGAAUUUUAGUUUCCUUCUCUUUCUGUCAAGAUAAGUUCCUGGUUUUGUCCUUCGCCCAAAGGUCUCAAGAUGUUUAACGGAAUACUGAAGCCGAAAUUCUACACGAAAUGCAAAUCAGCGAUAAAAUACACGAAGUUGCGUAUUGAGAUGAUUAUGAGGAAAAGGAAUGCGUCGCAGAAAAUUUUGAAGAAUGAUGUUGUUUAUCUUCUUAAGCACGGUCAUGAUUACGAAGCUUAUGGCAGGACUGAAGCGCUUUUGAUUGAGCAGAAGAAAACAGACUGUUAUCAAUUGGUUGAUCAAUUUUGCGAUUGCAUCCAAAAAAACCUGUCACUCAUGCAAAAAGAAAGGGAAUGCCCGAAGGAUUGCAGAGAGGCUGUGGCAUCUCUAAUAUAUGCUGCAGCGAGAUUUGCUGAUUUGACAGAACUAUGUGAUCUGAGAUCUCAAUUUACUGAGAAAUAUGGGAAUGCCCUGGAAUCAUUUGUAAAUGAAGAGUUUGCUGUGCAAUUAAGGGCAGAGCCUCCAACGAAGGAUAUGAGACUUCAGUUAAUGCAUGAUAUAGCAGAAGAGUUUUCUUUAGAAUGGGAUCCUAAGGCUUUGGAACAGAAACUGUUCAAACCACCUCCACCUGAACAGCAGGUUGAGACCAGGCACAACCCCUCAAAUGAUUCUGACACUGGAUACAGGUGGCAUAAAAGCAAGAAUGAUGAUUUCCAGAGAAAAGGCAACCAUGAUGAAGUGAACAGACUGAGUCAGAAUAAGGAGUAUACUAAGCCAAAAGGGAAUGGAAGGAGCCUUGGUUCUUUCCGAAGUAACAAGGGUGCAGAUAUUAAAAACAAUUUGUAUGGUAGCAGUGACGAUGAAGUGACUGAAAUCAGCAGAAGUAUCAGCAGUGACCAAGAUUCGUCACAGACAUCCUCAAGUUCAUUUGGAAGUGCUUCUGAGGAUGAAGAAAAAAGGAAGCCUUUUGACUACAGAUCUAUUCCUGCACCAUAUGUCAGGACAAACGUUGCCAAAGAAGUAAGCACUACAGAGUCCAGAAAACAGAGGGUUGGUGCUGAUGAAAAGGUAAGAAGCAAGCAAGAUGAUUCUGUUGUGGAUACCAAGCCAAACCCAAGAUCAGUUAGGAGAAGACCUUCAAGGCUAUCAGAUCGUGACAAUUUGAGCAGUGUUGAUGAUGAUGAUGCAGUGCCUCGAGAAGCAAGAAGGACAAUGCCCUCGAAAAUCACGGAAGAUGAAGAGGAGAAGAUGAUUGAUGGACUACCGAUGCGCUACAGCAAUAAAAAAUCACCAUAUGAACCAUCAAAUAGCUGGAAAGCAAAUUUAAAAGCUCCUGCAAAACAAAGAGCUGAAGACACCGAGGAUGCAACCACAAGCAGAAAUACUAAAACUGUUAAUUUGGGCUCUGUACCAAUCAGAGUGUUUUCUCUUCCCACUGACUCAACAACAUCAGACGGCAGAAGAAAGGAGAAUGCUCGAUCAACUUCGUUGCAGCCAGAUAUGCAACGCAGCCAUGUGCAUCCUAAGCUACCAGACUAUGACGAUUUGGCAUCUCGGCUAGCUGCCCUCAGGGGACUAUAAGAAAACAGGAUUGGGUGCAUAGAUAGCAUCUCCUAUUCAUUCAAUUCUUUUACACAUUUCAUAACUGAAAAGGCAUUCAUAGGAAAGUAGUAAUUUCCUUGUUCAUUCUUUCACUAGGUAGUUAAGUGUGGAAGCAUCUAGCUUCGAUUAUGGUUUCUUUACAAUUGUGAAAAGCAUAUAUAGAGGUCUUGAUCAUUCACCAGAAAAAAAAAAAAAAAGUUCUUAU